AGAAGAAAAGAAAAGUGAGCGCUUUUUUGGGUAGGACUUGAUCACGUGACUUCGAGAGCUUUACUGGGUUCACCUUGCAUCACUGUUUGGACUGAGAUUGUUUUAGAAACGUCCAGGAAAAUGAAGAGCAGGUACGCGCUGAAUGUGGACCCGAAGUGCUGCAAUGAGCGCGUCCUGAAUGACUGCCAUCAGAUGUACACGGAUUCAGACAGAGGAUUAAUAACAAUUGCUCAGUCUGUUGGCAUGACUUUACUGCCUCCCAGGAAAAAGAUCACUGUGAUGCUGAUUGGAGGCCACUCAGUUGGAAAAAGCUCCUUCAUUAACUGGUAUGUAGAGGAACAUAUCCAAAAACCUGGAGGUGCGAUUGGGACACAUGGCUUCACUUUUGUCACUAGUGGAUGCAAGAGAACGUCCCUAACAGGUAAAGCAACCUUCCAAUUGUAUCCUCAAUUUAAGCAGUUUCAGAAGGUCAAAGGUGUGUCUGAAUACAUUAGCACGGAGAUCUGCACUUCUCGGCAGAAGCAAUUCAGUUUGGUGACUUUUGUGGACACUCCUGGGCUGGUGGAUGGUGACAUGAAGUAUCCAUUUGAUGUGGAUCAGACCAUCCUCCAGCUAGGUGAUGUGUGUGAUUUGAUCCUGGUCUUCUUUGACCCGAUAGGACAGGCUUUGUGCAAACGCACACUCAACAUUGUGGAGCAACUUAAAGUAAAGCAUGGGGACAGAGUUAAUUUCUAUCUCAGCAAAGCUGAUGAGGCCAGGGGAGAGUCAGACCGACAGAAAGCGAUGAUGCAGAUUGCACAGGAGUUAGGGAUACACGACUUUGACAUGCCUACUAUCUAUAUCCCCAAUCCCAACAAGCCUAGUCGGUGUGUCAAUCAGAUCGAGGAGGUGUGUCACACUAUACAGAAGACCAUCGACCAGACAGUGCAGAACACCUUGAACACCCUGGGGAAGGACUGUGAAGUCAUCUGUGAGGCUGUUAUUGAUACACUCAACAAUGACCGGUUGUGUUACAAGGAGAACUCAAGUGUCUGCAAUUUGAGCUGUGCCCUGACCCUGCUGGGCUUCAGUGUGAUGCUGCUCUUUAUCCUGUUUAUAAGCAACAUCUACUGGGAGUUUCUGGUGGUGUUACUGUCUGCUUAUGGCAUUGAGACACUGUUGCUAUAUCUGGAUCCAUUUAUGAGGGCACUUGAUUCUCUGCCAAUGCAAAUUCAACUUAUUAUUUGUGGUUUCUUGAUGCAACUCUCUGUAAUUCUCCACAUCCUGGCUUACCUUCUCUUUAACUCAAAGCCGACUCUGUCUGGAAAACAAAAGAUAGAGUUGCAGGAAAAACUGGAGUAUGUGCAGGAGAUGGUGAAACCUAAAAAGAAGAAGCUGCAUGUGAUUUACCACCAACAGAGUAUUGGUGAUCAGGAUACGGACUAAAGUUUUUGUUAAAAAAAAUCUACUGAAGCAAUGAAUGGAAAGAAACAUUAGAAAAAUAAUAUAAUUUACAAUACUUUGAUACACACUUAUAGCAUUACAACAUGUGACUGUAAAACAUUUGUCAUUAAUAUCAUAUUAAUUUUCCUCACUCUAUUAUUGUAUGUUUUUAACUUAAUAAAAAAGAUACAACAAAUUUCAUUAUGCAUAGUUUAAGUUUAAGUGCUGGUACAAAGUUUUAAUUGAUGCUAUUGAUCACAGAAACAGAAAAUAUUGGAAUUAGAAAAUGAUACAUGUUUAUUGUAUAGUUUUAAGACAAUAAUAUGACAAUAUAACAUCUGGAAUAACAUUCCCCAGCUGUCAAAAAGGUCUUUCAGCUUAAACAGUAUGGCCUGUAUUGUGGAAGCUCACUGGUGCUGAAACCAAGCUGGAUUUUUCAGCAGGAUUCUCCUUAUUCAUGAUACAGUUUGAGUAGGAUGUACACUAUGGACAAACGUAUUGGGACACCUGACUUUCUCAGCCAUAUGUGCUUCUUUCCCAAACUGUUAUUGCAAAGUUGAAAGCACACAGUUAUAUAGGAUGUGGUAGUAUGAAAUUUCCCAUUCACUUGAACUAGGAGAACCAAAGCUGUUCCAGCAUGACAAUGCCCCUUUGCACAGGCAAAUAUAUGACGAUAUGCUUUGCAUGGGUAGAAGUGGAAGAUAUAGAGCUUUUUCCUUGACCCUAUAGAACACCUUUGAGAUGAAUUGAAACAUUGACUGCACCCCAGGCCUCCUUACCUCACCAACAUCAGUACCUGACUUUACUAACACUCUGGUGGCUGAAUGAGCAGAAAUCUCCACA